UAAGUAAAUAAAAGGAAAUGUCUAAAUUCUUAGCCCAAUUAAUUAACUACUAAAUGAGUAAAUGCUAACCGAACCGAAAGCCCAUUGGGUGCUGGCCCAGUCCACGAGUAAAGAAAAGAAAAGCCGAGCCAGAAUUUUGAACUGCAAGUUGCACAUGAGCCACAAUUAUGAACUGCAGUCUGCAACCAUGAGCCGUAAUAAGCUGCACAAUAAAAUUCCUGUACAAGUUCGUAAUGUCUUACAUUGGACCCAGAAUUACAAACCACAAUCAAACCCACCCCCAUUUCGACAAAAAUCUCCCGCCAAACUAUCCACUAAUCUCAUCAAAGCUUACUUUGAUAACGGGUUACUCAAACAUGCGCGCCAACUGUUCGAUGAAAUGCCUGACCGAGACGUAGUUGCAUGGACAGCCAUGAUUUCUGGUUACACAUCCUGCGAUCACUACCGCUUUGCAUGGACGAUGUUCAAAGAUAUGAUGAGGGAAUGUCUGGAUCGCCCUAACGAGUUCACUUUGUCGAGUGUUUUGAAGGCUUGUAAAGGCAUGAAGUCCCUUUCUUGUGGUGCUUCGGCUCACGGGCUGGCUUUGAGAUAUGGGUUUGUUGGUACUAGCAUAUAUGUUGAUAAUGCACUUUUGGAUAUGUAUGCUACUUGUUGUGUAAGUAUGGAGCAUGCGCGUUUGGUGUUUGAAGAGAUUCCGGUCAAGAAUCAGGUGUCUUGGACUACACUUAUAACCGGAUUCACUCAUAGGGAUGACGGGCUUGCCGCCCUUGAAGUGUUUCGACAAAUGUUCGUGGAAGAAGCCGAACAAAACCCAUAUAGUCUCUCAAUUGCAAUCAGAGCAUGUGCAGGAGUUGGAUCUCAUACUUACGGCAAGCAGAUACACACUUCGGUGGUCAAACUCGGGUUUGACCUUAAUCUUCCAGUAAUGAACUCUAUACUAGACAUGUAUUCCAAGUGUAACUGUUUUCACGAGGCACAGUUGUGUUUUAAGGAAAUGAACGGAAAAGACAACGUUACAUGGAACACGUUAAUAGCAGGAUACGUGAAGCCUGACCCGAUUAAAUCCUUACACUUGUUAUUCCAAAUGGAACUGCAGGGUUGCACUCCAGAUUGCUUCACAUUUUCCAGUGUUAUAACCGCCUGCACAAAUUUAUCAGCUUUGACCAGUGGUCAACAGAUUCAUUGCAGGAUCUUCAAGAAAGGCCUUGAACAGAAUCUGGCGUUAGCGAAUUCCCUAAUCGACAUGUAUGCAAAGUCCGGAAGCAUUCAAGAUUCUAGAAGAAUCUUUAGUGAAAUGUGUUGUCGUGAUCGGGUUUCGUGGACUUCGAUGAUGAUUGCAUUGGGGAGCCACGGGUAUGGCCACGAGGCAGUGGAGUUGUUGAAUCAGAUGGUAAAGUCGGGUAUAAAACCGGAUAUGAUUGUGUUCAUCGCGGUUCUUACUGCUUGUAGUCAUGCUGGACUUAUUGACCAGGGGUUGACUUACUUUAAACUGAUGACCACAACGUACAAAAUGAGGGCGAGCCAAGAAAUAUAUGCUUGCGUAAUUGAUUUGCUUGCGCGUGGUGGAAGGUUUAAGGAAGCGUAUGAUAUAAUACGCAGUAUGCCAUCUACGCCUGACGAAUCGGUUUGGGCAGCGUUUCUUGGAGCGUGUAAAGCACACGGGCAGCCGGCUAUGACUGCCCGCCAGGUGUUGGAUUUGAAGCCUAAAAAGUCAGGAAUUUAUGUCACGCUGGCGAAUAUGUAUGCUGCUGAAGGUAAAUGGGACGAUCGAGCCAAGAUGAGGAAUAUGGUUAACAGUUUGGGAAAUAAGAAAGUUGCUGGUAGGAGUUGGUUGGAGGUUCAUGAUCAGGUCUAUAGUUUUGUUGCUGGAGACGAUGGCGGUUCACACCUCGAGCCCAUGUAUCAGGUUCUUAGUGUCUUGGGUAGACACAUGGUUGAGCAGAUCGAUGUGACUCGAGUUUGGACAUAGGAUAGGGCUGAGAAGGAUUUAGACACGACGGAGUAACCCAGAUACCCGGUUCGGGACUGGCCCGAGACCAGACCAAUUAAGAUUAUUUGGCUCGGUUCUCGGUCUUAAUCUUGGUUAACUGCUUCAAAACUGUUUUCCGGGUUUAGGCAUCAUAGGUCCACGAUUUCAGUGUCGAGCGGUCUCACAAUCUUGGCAAAAUACAUGUCGAUCCCUCACAAUGAAUUCCCGAUCGAGUGCUUUCGAGACGAGAUUCGCGAACAGUAGUUAAAUAUCCUUAAGUUCAUCAUUAGUCGAAUCGGAGUUGUUGGAUCAGUAAUCGUUAGCCCGAAAGCGAUUACUAGCAGGGGUGGAUCUACCUUGUUAGAAGGGGUAACCCCUGUUGCCCCUUGACGCUCCGGCGGUGAGGAUCCAAAACCUAAGGCCGGAGCCUGAGAUCUGAGUUUGAACCUUUGAGGAUGAUCGAGGACCUAAACCUGCAAAAGAAUAAACCGUUAGGCUCGUCGCAGAGAUGGGAGGGCCACUCUGCGACCACCCUCCGGCGUGAGGAUAAGUAUUUGAUAGAGAGAGAAAGUAGAGAGGGAAAGUAGGACAAAGGUUCAGGAAAUCGUACUUGGCUUGUACUUGAUGGGGUAUUUAUACUAGUCAACUAUCAUGACGUCAUUCAGCUGGACACACCUGUUGAUGGUCCGUCUGCAGCUGUCUGGGGGACAGGGGUUUUGGGAUAUGCGUCCAGUUAUGAUCUGGUCCGGCCUUCUUGAGGAAGGUCCGUCCUCGGAUAUGUAUCUUCAGGCAGUAGUGUAAAUUUUUGUUUUUUC